CGGGCCCGUCGCCAUGGAGACGCCGCCACCGCCCCGCUGGCUGCCAGGAGGCGGAGAAGGGGAGGCCGGGCUGCCGGGCGGAGCGGGGCCCGCCGGGAGGCGGCCAGGGCAGCAGCAGCAGCCGCCGCGGGCGGGGAGCGGGAGGCGGCACGCGCUGCUGGCCCUCAUCGGCGAGGUGGGCUCGGAGGCGGAGCGGCAGGCGCUGCGCGGGACCCUGCAGCGAGGCAUCCGCUCGUGGGACAUCAACCUUCACUCUUGUGACCUGAGUGAGCAGCUGAGGCUCUUUGUCACACGCCACCUUGCCCACUUUUCGUCAGAGGUCAAAGGCCAGAGGACCCUCCACCACCGGAGCGAAGCCUUGGACACAGUCAUCCUCGUCAACCCAGAUGAGCGGAGUGCCAUCUCCCAGGUCCGCUCCUUGGUGUGUGACCCUUCGGCACACAAACUGCUGAUCCUGUGCGGGCAGAGCUCAGACCCGGAAGGAGACCUGAUCCUGCAGGCUGGGACCUUCACCUACCAGAAGUUUGCUGACAUUCUUGCAGAUCCAGAGGUUGCUCAGCUCCUCAGCAACACUGACCCACUUUCUAAGGCCUCCCUCACUGUGUCGUGCUUGGGAGGGGGUGACUGGAGCAGCCUUGGCCACCCCCGAUUCCAGGAGCUUCUCAGUCUGAGACUGAACCCUGACCCGAUCCUGCCAGAGAUGGACGGGGUCUCCGAAUUCACCGAGUAUGUCUCCGAAACGGUGGAUGUUCCGUCACCAUUUGAUCUCCUGGAGCCCCCAACUUCUGGGGGCUUCCUCAAGCUCUCCAAGCCCUGCUGCUACAUUUUCCCAGGAGGGAGGGGGGAUUCGGCUCUCUUUGCUGUCAAUGGCUUCAACAUCCUGGUGGACGGUGGCUCUGAGAAGAAGUCCUGUUUCUGGAAGCUGGUCCGCCACUUGGACAGGAUUGACUCCAUUCUCCUGACCCACAUUGGAGCUGACAACCUGCCAGGGAUCAAUGGACUCCUGCAGAGGAAGAUUGCAGAGCAGGACGAAGAGCAAUCUCAAGGAUCCACCAACUACAGCGACUGGAUGAAGAAUCUCAUCUCCCCUGAACUUGGGGUAGUUUUUUUCAAUGUCCCAGAGAAGCUCCGAAUGCCAGAGUCCUCCAUGAAGGUCAAAAGAAGCAUUGAAGAAGCCAGCCUGACGCUGCAGCAUCUCAGCAGGCUGGGCAUGAAGCCAGAGCCCCUCUACCGUGUGGUCAGCAGCGCCAUCGAGCCCAUCACGUUAUUCCACAAAAUGGGGGUCGGAAAGCUGGAUAUGUACAUCUUGAACCCGGUCAAGGAGAGCAAAGAGAUGCAGUUCCUCAUGCAGAAGUGGGCUGGCAACAGUAAGGCCAAGACAGGCAUCAUCCUUGCCAGCGGGAAAGAGGGGGAGAUUUCUGUCCCCUACUUGACCUCCAUCACAGCCUUGGUUGUGUGGCUCCCAGCAAGCCCCGCGGAAAAAAUAGUCAGAGUUUUGUUUCCUGGGAAUGCUCCACAAAAUAAGAUUCUGGAAGGUCUUGAGAAGCUCCGGCACCUGGAUUUUCUGAAGUAUCCAAUAGCUACUCAGAAGGAACUAGCUUCUGGCAUGCCCUCCCCUGCCCUGAAGCAGACCAAAAUGAAACAAAGGACAGACAGUAAAGAGAGCCUGAAAUCUUCCCCUAAGCCACCUGCAACAAAAGGAGCUGCUGAGGAUGGUGCUAAGGAAACAAAGAUGGAGGCAGCAAAAGACGCCAAACUGGAGAAAAAGGGGAAAGAGCACACGGAGAAGACUCCGGAGAAGCCCCUUAGAGCUGACAAGAUCAGAACAGACUCCAGUGAUGCCCUUAAAGCAGAGAAAAGAAAACUCACCAAAGAUAAAGUUGGCAAGAAACACCUCAAGGAGAAAGUUUCUAAACUGGAGGAGAAAAGGGACAAGGAAAAGAAAGAGAUCAAGAAAGAGAGGAAGGAGUUUAAGAAGGACGAUGGAAAGAAAGAAGAGAGAAAAGAGUCCAAGAAAGAAGCCAAGCCAGAGUUGAAAAAGAUGGCUAAGCCAGACCUGAAGCCUUUCACCCCUGAAGUAAGGAAAACUUUAUACAAGGCAAAGCCCCCAGGCAGGAUCAGAGCCGAGAAGGCCCGCAGCAGAGCUGACAAAGAGGCCCUGGCCGAACAGAAAGCGCCGCCUGGGCUCAAGAAGCCAGCCCCCCCACCGCCAGAGCCCCAGCAGAGGCAUGUCCUGUCUUCGCCAGAAGACCUUACGAAGGACUUUGAGGAGCUGAAGUCUGAAGAGGAGGCGAGGCCUCUGCCAGGGCCUGCUUCUGUGGAGAGUGAGGCUGCCUUCAAGCGGGCCGAAGAGGAGCGUCCUUGCGACGGGGCCCCUUGGCAGGAUGGCCUUGGAUCAGGGGGACCCAGCAGCCCCAAGUCCCCUUCCCUAGCUGGGCCAGAGGUGGAAAUGGUCAGAGGGGAGGAAGCACAGAAGGCGGCAGCUGGAAGGGGAGCGGAGGAGGAGAGGGCAGCCUUGGUGGAACCUCCCGGGAGAAGGGACUUUGAGGAGGACAUUGCCAAGGCAGUAACAGAGUUUCCUGAAAAAAGGACAGGAGAGGAGAGAGCUCAGACCCCAGACCUCGUGCUCCAAGAGGAAGAACAGGAUGCUGCUUCAGGAAAGAAAUGGAUGGGCACAACAGAAGACAGACCGACAGAAGUGAGAGAAGAUGUGAUAGAAAAGGCAGAGGUGGAAGGAAUGGAAGAGCAAUGCAGCAAGGUGGAAGAUGGAGAGACAAAGAGAAGAGGGUAUUCUCUGUCCCAGCAGCCCUGUGAAGAAAAGGGGAAAGAGCUCAAGGAAGAACGGGUGAGCCGAAGCAAAGCAUCUGGAAAGUCAGCCGUGAAGGAGGAAUCUUAUCUCAGCAGCACAACUGUCCCUCCAGGAGAACACAUCUCCUACAUCCAAGACGAAACCAUCCCUGGCUACUCAGAAACAGAACAGACCAUCUCCGAUGAGGAGAUCCAUGAUGAACAGGAGGAGAGGAUUCCACACCUCAAGUCAGACCUCGCCUCCUAUGACAUUUCUGUACCAGACCAGCCAGGCUCAUUCGAAACCAUCCAUGGGAUCCAGGCCACGGCAGCUGCUGGAAUGACCAAAGACUAUGCUGGCCAAGAGCCGGAAAUCAUCCUUGCCUAUCCCACCAACAUAGUGGCUGCUCCCUUGGCAGAAGAGGAGCACGUGUCCUCAGCCACAUCCAUCACCGAGUGCGACAAGCUGUCCUCAUUCGCCACUUCCGUUGCAGAAGACCAGUCUGUUGCAUCACUAACCGCUCCACAGACGGAGGAGACCGGCAAAAGUUCCUUACUCCUGGAUACAGUAAACAGCAUCCCUUCCUCUCGAACGGAGGCUACCCAAGGCCUAGACUAUAUGCCCUCUGCUGGCACCAUCUCCCCUACGUCGUCGCUGGAGGAGGACAAAGGCUUUAAGUCUCCUCCUCCAGAGGAUUUCCAUGCAGUAACCGAAGGCGAGAGGAAAUCUGAGACGUGCAAAAAGGGCUUACAGGAAGAGGAGGAGGUGGAGGUGGAGGAGGAGGAGGAAGAGGAGGAGGAGGACGAGACUCCAAACGUUGAGAGGCCUCAGAGAGCCAAAGGGCAUUACGAUGCCCCAAUGUUUUCUCAGCCAGGGCUGCUAGGAGAGGGCUUAACUGAGGCAGCCUCAGAAGGAGCACCAGCAACCAUGUUGCUCCUAGGCGAAGGGGAAUCCCAGUCCCUUCAAGCAGAUGCAGGCUCUGGCGAGGCUGAGGAACGCUGCAUGAGCCCUGAUGACAGCACAGUCAAGAUGGCAUCCCCCACCCAGUCAGGCCCCACUAGUGCUGGGCACACACCUUUCCACCAAUCCCCUGUGGAGGAAAAAUCGGACACUGUGGAGACAGAGCUGUUUGAAAAGGCAGCGGAGGCUCCUGCCAGGUGGCCCGGAGAAGAAGCACCCAGGGCUGCAGAAGGCAAGGCAGAAGAGGCUUCUGCUUUCCUUCGUCAGGACAUGAUGCCUGGCCCAGGAGGCAUGGCCCCUCGGCUUGCAGAGUUCGGAUUUCCUCAGAGUGAAAAGUGGAGCCAGCCCCUAGACCGAGAGGAAGAGCUCGCAAUAAGCUUCUAUCACAAGCAGGAAACGAUUGACAUUUCCGAUCUCUACCCUCCCACCAAAGAUGCCCUCCCAGAGUCCAAGAAUGGCUCUCCAUUGAAGGAAGUGGACACCACUGUGGGCUCUUCCCCAGAAUGCUUAAAAAGUGCUGGGAGUGAGCUGUUCUCGGCUGCAGAAAUACCUCCACCAAAAGGGUGGGAGACACUUGCAGAGAGACCUGAAGAGGACAAAUCUUCACAAAUACCAAUACAAGAUAUUUCACCAGAUGAAACAAACUUAUUUUCUUUCACUAAAUAUAUUCCUGGAAAGGAAAAAUCUCCAGAUGAUUCCCCCAAAGGAGCAUCACCAGAAGAGGAGAACACACAGCACUUCACAGAACACAACUUAGAUCAAGAGGAAGUGCGCGCUUUUGCUCUCAAGCACAUUUCUCCAGAACAAAGCAACAUUUCACUGAGCCUUGGUGAAGAAACUCCUUUGCACUUGUUCACAGAAGACAGUUCUCAAACAGGUGCUAAAUCUCUCUUUACAAAAGAGAUCCCUGCUACAGAAAGCCCACGAGAUUUGUUCACAGAGGAAUCUUCUCCUGAAACAAAGCACCUGGUGUCCUCAGAGCAAAGCCCCUCCAAAAGCAAAAAACCGGAAGACACUUUUGUCAAGGAGGACUCACCCAGGCCCCAAACUUUCUCUGAGCAGGACCCAUUGCAAGACACCCACAGUACCCUCAUGCCUUCUGCAGACACCUGUCUGGAAAAUACCAGCUUAGUUUCCAUCACAGGAAAAGACCCCUUUGUGGAAUCGUAUCCAGUCCCUUUCCUCAAAGAAGUGGGUCUAGAUAGGAAAUCCUCCAGCUUAACAGAGCUUGGCCAAGUUCUGGACAGGGAGUCCUUGGAAGUCUCCUCGGGAGUGACAGGGCCUGGUGAGUUUCUGGAACAGGGAGACCAUACGGCAGAGCCAUCUCCGGAAAUGGAAGACAUUUACCUGAAAGACACAAACUAUGACAAGAAGGUGUGGUUUCCAGAGGACGUGAAGGUUCCACCAUGCAAAGAAAGACGACAGAAGUAUGAUAAGGAAAGGGGGGAAUGCACAUUCUUGGAUGAAGAAGCAGAGGGCUAUGAGAAGCGAGCUCUGCUUUCUGUAACUGAAGAGAGAGAAAUGCUCCACUCUGUCGAGUCUGAAGGUUACAUUUCUGGAGCAGCUGAGAAAGAAAUCUGGGAUACUGAAGACAGGUACUUCCAGGAAGAAACUGCCACUCAGAAGCAAGGGACAUUUCCUGAGGAUGGCUUCCGACUUGUGGAUGAGAAGCCUGUGCCUCAGCACGUGAAGGAGAGAGCCACUGCCGAAGCCCAAGACGGUGCCCAAGAAGAUGCUGAGCAGCGAGUACGAGAUGAAAAGGAGCUUAACAUGCCUGCCUUCAUCAGCCCGGCUCCUCCUGAACUUGAGAGUGGGCUGAAAUGUAGCCUUGAAUGGGCCUCACCCCUUCCACACAAGGCCAAGAUGGCCACUGCAAUGGAAGGAAGUGAAGUGGAUACACUGAGGCAAGAUGAUGAAAAAGUAGCCACAGAACUGUGUCCUGACUCUUCUGUGGGUGAAGCUUUGGCCACCUCUCCACAGCCUCCUGCAUCUGCUGCUUCAGAGGAGAGCGAAGCAGCCUCACCAGAGCCGGAGAAGUCUUCUCCAGUAGACCAAAGCGAGGCCAGACUCCACGUGGGAGCCACAGAGGAGAGGCCAGACUCUGGUGCUCUACACAAAGGAAUGCUCUACCACAGACAGACCCAGGAGGCAGCAGAGGGGCAACCUCUAGAUGCUCAUGAUCGCUCGGAUGAAAGCCAGAAGCAGAAGGCAGCCAGCACAGCUUCCCUGAGCCCACCAGGUCCCGACGAGGCAACACUGGAGGCAGAGGAGAGCAAAUGCUCCCUCCCAGGACACGUUCUCACCGUCCACUCACCAGACACCAUUCCUUUUGGACCAGUGGGGUCUCCUCCUUUGCAGGCCAGCCUCAGGGAGCCUUCCAGUCUCUUUGAGAAGGAAGAGAGAGAAGCAACACCGUACCCUCAUGAGAAGAGUUUCCAGUAUGCAGACAUCUAUGAGCAUCUGGUGGCAUCUGACGCUGGCCACUCUAGAAAGGAUGCCAUCUCCAGGGCAGGGAAAACACAAAGGUCCCAGAAGGAAUCCCUCUACCCCAUUUCCUCCAAGGAAGAAGAGUCCUGCCUCUACACUCCUACUGAGAAAGAGCUGUCUUCUCCAGCUUCCCCAAAGGAGCAGGCAGAAGCCUCCUUUGAGUAUGCAGACGUUCACAAGGAGCAAGGCCACCCCCACACAGGAAAGCAGAGUGCGCCACGUGGCUUGGCACACCAGGGUGAAGAGGAGAAGGCAGCAGGCUCAACACUGGUCCUGCCAGGAGAUCUGGGGAGUCCCCUGGCUGCUGCAUCUUCCCUCGGAGACAAAGACUUCACCUCUCCUACUGACCUCAUAGACCGGUUCAGUCAGGAAGAACCAGCUGUCUACACUGAAGCUCCACAUCAUCCAGAUCCAAAUAUCAGCCAGCAGCCGAGAUCUCCUUCUCCAAAGCCCUCCCAGUCCAAGGAGGCUUACUAUGAGAAAGCUGGAGUAGAAGAGACCACCAGUGACUCAGAGUUAGAGAAAGGGGCCAAGGAGAAGUCGGAGAAAGAGUCCCAGCCCCCAGAAUCCUCUCUAGCCACAGGGCCAGUCAGUGAGGAAGAGGCUGAACCAUAUGCAGACAUUUCCCGGUGGGGGGAGGACUGCGCGUCUGAGCUGUGGCGAGAGGCUGGCCCUCCUCCAGGGGCACACGGGGCAUUGCUGGGAGAGGAAGCAGCCCUCAGGGCGGAUGGUGCUGGCAGCAUCUGUGGCAGCCGCCCAGACUCAGAGUGCCAGAGGUGGGCUCCAGGCCUGCCCUCUCGGCCCCAGCGUGUGUCCAUGGGAGAGAGCGUGGAGUCCAGGGCGCCAGCACCCUCCAAGGAAGGGCCUUCCUCUGGAGAGGAAGCUGAGCGGAGUGUGGAGGGCUGUGCUACGGGCUUCUGCUUCACAGCCUCUGCUAAAGAGAAGGACUGCCCCACCUUGGGCCCGGCACUUCUGAACAGAGGGCUGGACUGCUCUUCCUCUGGCUUUGAACUUUCUUCCCUAGAAAAGCACGAACCGUCGAUUCUGUUCCGACACGAGGCCCAUUUUCCACCCCACCUAAGGGACAAAUCUCUCCCUUCAAGCCUGCUGGAUCCCAAUUCUUCAGAAAAGGACAGGGGGGAUGAAUACUUGGAGGUUUCCCAAAAGGCUACUAAAGCGGAUUCCCCCUUCACAGGAUUCUCACUGCCAGGUCUGUGUGGAGAGCGGAAGCUGUUCUCUGAGGAGCAGCCCCAGGAGGAGUCGCCCAGCAGUUCCGAGGGGACCUCCUCCAAGGCCUCCACCCCAGUGAUGCAGGUGGCAGCAGCAGCAGCAGCAGCAGCCGGGGAGAGCUUCUACCCCCACACCCUCUCCGUCUCUUCGGGGGCAGCCGCUGCUGAGCCGGGGGCCCAGUGCUCAGGGGACAUGUCCCCACUGCUUCCCAAAGGGUCUGCCAGAGCAUUUUCAGGCGACAGCCGUCUGCUGCACACGAGCUCUCUGGCUGCCCAGCAACAGCCACGGAGCCUUGCGGAAGAAGAACGGGUGGCAACCGCUUCUCCUCCGGAACCCUUGGCAGCUCCUCCCCACUGGCAGCAGGAGGCAGCCACAGCCAACGGGCCCACAGAGGUGGGCGUCAGCCCUGCUCUCCAAGCAGUGCCACAUAUCUUUGAGAAAGCACAUAGGAGUGCAGAGGAGGAGGAGGAGGAGGAGGAAGAGGAGGAGGAAGAGGAGGAGCAGGGGGAGGAUUGUGAAAGGCAAAGCCAUCCCUCUUCUCUCCUCACCCCUGACCACAGCUUUCCGCCCUUCUUUCCAGACACUCAGCAGGGCAGCCAAGGGGACCAUGGUGAUGCGUCCCAUGAACUGGAGCCAUGCUUAGGAGACACCUUGGAAUACAGGCCGAAGGUCUCCUGUGAGUAUAAACAGAGAAAGGGUGAACUCUCCCCGUCCUUCAUCAACCCAAGUCCUCAUGAUUCAUCUGAAGACAGUGACUUUUCCCAGGCUGAAGGGCAUCCUUCCGUGAAGGGGCGGCCACACUCCGUUCCUGGUGGACACAAGCAAGCCGCUACCCUGGGGGAAGAAACUCCCCCCACUUCGGCCAGUGACUCUGGAACCUCCCAGUCCGACUCGGACGUGCCUCCGGAAACAGAGGAGUGCCCAUCCAUCACAGCCGAUGCGGCCAUGGACUCCGAUGAAGAGGCCGACUUCCUCCCUGUGGACAAAGCCGUGGGCUGCUCUCAUCACAGCAGCAGCAGCAGCAGCGCACGGUCUAGUCAUGACCCUCAGCCCGUCUCCAUGGUAGACCCUCACCCUCACCCACCACACCCAGAUGUCUGCAUGAUGGACCCCGAGGUGCUGCUCAAUGAACAGAACAUGAACCGGACUGAAAAAAUAUCCAGGAGGGACCUAAAAGAGAAGAGCAAAGGGCUGCGGAAGCCCCUGGGCAAGCCCAAGCCCUCCUCCCCUGCCCGGAAGGCAGACAAGCGGGCCCCGCCGGCUCCCAUGAAGCAGCAGCCCUCAGACCGGUCUGCAAAGCCAGCCCUGGCCAAGCGAGAGAAACCGCCCAGGCCCCACCUGGAGGAGAGGGACGAGGGCUUCCGAGGCAGCAAGAACCUCCCGAACGGCAUCAAAGCCAGCCCAGCACUCAGCAGUGGCAGCGGGGCCAAGAGCGGCUCGUCCGUGCCAGCAGGGCCUCCCGUCUACGUGGACUUGGCCUACAUCCCCAACCACUGCAGCGGGAAGACAGCUGACCAGGAGUUCUUCAAGCGGGUGCGAGCGGCCUACUACGUGGUGAGCGGCAAUGACCCUGCCAACGGGGAGCCCAGCCGGGCUGUCCUGGACGCACUGCUGGAGGGCAAGGCCCACUGGGGCCCGGAGAAGCUGCAGGUGACUCUCAUCCCAACGCACGACACGGAGGUGACCCGUGAAUGGUACCAACAGACGCACGAGAAGCAGCAGGAGCUGAGCAUCAUGGUCUUGGCCAGCAGCAGCACUGUGGUGAUGCAGGACGAGUCCUUCCCGGCAUGCAAGAUUGAGUUCUGAGGCCACAGCCAGCAGCACCCGGCCAUGGAUCGCCUCCCCCCCCGCCCCGCCCCGCCAUGCAGCCCUCGGCUCUUGCUCCGUCCAGCCACCGCCAGAGUCUCCUUCCCUCCGCAGCCACGGCCCCCACAGCCCCGCCAGCCACCUGCCAUCGGUUCUUGUGGGCCAAGAGCCCAGGACGUGGCCUCUUGAUGUGAGCAGCGGGGCAGGGGCCUGCUUGCCUGGUUUUCUGUUGUUGCUGCCGCCGCCGCCGCCGCCGCCAUCAUUGCUGUAGAAUAACCCGGCUGCUUCGACCCCACCCGCGCACACUCCCCCGCCCCCCUCUUCCCACUCCCCUGGCUGCUCCUCCCCGAUGGCCCAGGGUCAGGGUCAGCCCCACAGACCUCUCCACCUGACUCAGGCCGUGGGGCCACUCGGGUCGGUGGUGGAAGCAAGAGAGAUGACGGGACACAGAAGGCACCGGCUACCCUGCCAGCAAAGCCAGGGCUCCGCCCCUCAAGGCCUGAAGGGCGAGGCGAGGACUGGACAACGCCCCCCCCGCCAAACUGGGGCCUCAUUGGCCAGCCCUCCACAGCAGCCUCUUGCCCCAAGGUGGACGUGCCGCAGUCCCAGAAGGAAGCAUCUGCAGCAUUGCCAGGGGGCGGGUGGGUCUACUGAGGGGACCCGCCCAACACAAGGUCCCACAUCGCUGAAGGCGACCGAAACAGGGCUGGGAGGCACAUUCGUGGUAGCGGGGAGUGGGGGUGUGUGUGUGGCGAUGCCUGUUCACUGAGGCCAGAGGGCCCAAGUCAGGCGCCUGUUGCGGGCGGCUGGCUCCCCACCCCGCCCCAGAGGUUGCCAGUCUCCCAACUCCUGCCGCAAGCGCCAGGGGCCCAAGGAAGCCCUUUCUCCUUCCUGCAGGGCAGUGCUGGGCAGGGAGGGCAGGGGAAGAGUCCAGCACAGGAUUUGGAGGCCGCGGAUCAUGGCAACGCCACUCCUGGCAGACUUGGGGGAAGCCCCGCUCACCCGCUGAUCAUGGCCCGGAGCAAGCCCUCUCGCCCUGCCCCAGCGGCUUCAGAACCUGCUCGGGAGGACGCGCCGGGUGUGGGGCAGGGAGGGCGCUGGAGGGGCUCCUUUUCUGGCUAGUGUCUAAUUUAUUUAUUUAUUUUUUGCUUUGCUGUGGAGUGUGUGUGUGCGCGCACGCAGGCAGAUUUUCUUUUGACCACCCUUUGGCCUGUGUGCACUAACAUGGCACUGUCGGCUUCUGGUCUUCAGGGCACUCCAGGUCCUAAAUGCUGCCGUGAAAAACAACUCCCUGAGCCCCGGCAACAAGGUCAGGCAUUGGGCUAGGCGGGCUCCGUCCACUCGGUCAUGGACAAGGGGGCAGUGCAAGCCCACGGGCCACUCUCCUGUUGCCUUGCUCUUUGCAAGGGCAUCAGACUUGCCCCGUUCCGGGGUGCCUGCAAGCUGCACGCAUUCAGCCCAGGCAGAAGGGGGAAGGCAUCGGGGCGCUGGGAGCCAGGCCUAGACAAACCCACCUAUGAAUGUGUCUCUGUCUCAAAACUUGAAGCUAGGAGCAGGGGGGUCUGGGAGCCCCCUCACUCCUUCUGGGAAGAAGGUACAGGGGAGGCACUUUGCCCCCCCCCGCCCCCAUAUGCUGCAGUCCUGCUGCUCUGACAUCCUUGCCCAAUUAUUUCUCUGUUUCUCCACAGCCUGAGAUUCUUUCCAACAUUUUUGUAGUUUUGAAGCAGGCUUCAGCAACUUCUCUCCUUUUAAUGGCAAACUUGUAAAAAGUUAAAAAAAAGGAAGCCACCCUGUUCUUUCUAACCACGCCCCCCCCCCAAGCCCAGCCAGAGGCCACAAUAGGCUGUUUGGACCCCAGCAGCCCAGGAAACCAACAAAAGGAACAACCCUUAAAACCCUGCUUUUGCUUGUUCUUGCAUGUGGUCAACAACUGCGCAAUGACACCUGCACAUCAAAGGUCCAGAAGUCUUUUGAAGCGUGACCAAGGACCGAGGCCACCUCUUCGAGACUGUUCCAAGAGGGCAGCCGCGGGGCUGGCUUCCUCCUGCUGAUUGUCAUACAAGCAGAGCCCAGCCCCCCCCCCGCCCCAGCCUUUUUGGCUGCCUUCUGUACAAUUCGACUGAGUUCCUCCUCCGCCUCCUCCUCUCCAGCCCCAUGCCUGUGCGCAUUGCUCUGUACUUCUGAUGAUUGUAAAGGGAGAGGCCUGCACUAACCAAUAAAGCCACAUCGACUGCGAA